UUUUGAAAAAAUAAUACUAAACAACAAACCCUAAUGUGUGGAAACUGGAAACGACGACGGUUUAUACUUUAUGGAGACUAACGGGCGACGGCUCUAAUUGACCGUUGGAUAGGAUCCGCCGACUUGAGUAUUUGCCUUUUAUUCUUCUUUUUUCCUCUGUGUUUUUACACUCCGCGCUUUCUUGUUCGCACCUUCUUGAUCUUGAAUCUACUUUCCAGUUCUUGAGUCUCGCUUGUUUGUUAUUGCUUGAUCGUCUCUCUUUCUUGUGUGCGCUCUCUGGAUUAUUCUUCAGCAAUUGUUUUUCACAUCACAACAUGGCGAGCGCCGCCAAGAAACGGCGCCUGGAAGGAGUUGAGGAGACAGCGAUGGCCGAAAAUUUCAUACCCACAAUUGAAUCCGCUUACAAGAUUAAUUCUUUGCAACUGGGGAUGAAAGUGGGUGCGCUUUAUUUCCCAAAACUCGAUUAUUCGAAUCCUAAAGGAGACGACGCUUACUUUGUCCAUGAAGAAAAACAGACAAUCGGUGUGGCCGAUGGUGUUGGCGGUUGGGCUAAAUUGGGUGUUGAUGCGGGUAUCUAUGCGCGGAAACUGAUGAAUAAUUGCGUGAUUGCACUUGAUUAUGAAGUCAAAGGAGAUGUUGAUCCAAGAAGGGUUUUACAAGAGGCGUUCUUGAGCACAAAGGCUGAGGGUUCAUCAACUGUUUGUGUUAUUUCUCUUAGAGAUGACAAUUGCUUACAUGUUGUCAAUGUGGGUGAUAGUGGGUUUAUGUUGUUUAGGAACAAUCAAUGUGUGUAUCGAUCACCUCUUCAGCAACACCGUUUCAAUUUUCCUUAUCAGUUGGGGAAUAAUGAGAAUAGUGAUCGACCAAGCGAUGCUCUUGAAAUCAAAGUUUUUGUAGAGCCAGGUGAUAUUGUUGUUGCUUUUACUGAUGGGUUGCUUGAUAAUGUAUACCCAGAAGAGAUUGAGGAGAUUUUGAUGAGAGAAACCAAAGGGGGUGUAUGCCCACAGAAGUUGGCUUUUACCAUAGCUACUGCUGCACUGGAAAACUCCCUUGACGAACGAUCUUGUUCUCCAUUUGCAAAAGCUGCUUCUUUGGCGGGAUGUAAGUAUGUGGGAGAAGCAAAAAUCGUCAAAAUUCAUAGAAGGCUUCAAGUGAACAGAGCAAGAAAGCAUAUUUCAAAUGUAUCAUACCCACUAAUUACAUAUCCAAAGGACCUAACUGAAGGACGAGAUGUCAGCUACAAAGUAUCUAAACGCAACAGACUCCUCUGAUUAUGUACAUUUGAAAAUUACAGCUUUCUUAACUACAUGUCUCCCUAUCUUUUUUUCUGCCUCUCUCCCUUCUUUUUUUCCUUUUCCCCCUUCCUUUCUCUUCUUCAACUUCUUCUACAUUAUAGAUUUCAAUGGCGAGCUGUUGGACUUCUCAGUCCACUCAAAUUCUCCAACUUUUCUAAAUAAGAUAAUUUCUUUGGGGCCA